CUCCACUUGACAUUUGUGAUAUGAUCAAACGGCGACUCAGCACCACAUGGCAGCCUGUUGAGGUUUUGACUGCGCUCGCUAAGCCGGACCUUCAGCUGAACAUGAAGUUGCACAUUAGCUUCUGAGCUAACGAGUUAGCAGAGCCAGAGCUAAGACUGUUUGGUUUAAUCUGUGUUCCCAACUUACAUUUUGUAGGGUCACCAUGGCCAGGCAGUGGUCUGAGGGCCAUUCCACAUCCAUCCUUUGUGUCGGGGCUUCUCUGGGCCCUGAGGGUCUCCUUGCUUCAGGCUCUGAGGAUGGAGAGGUGACGGUUUGGAGCCAAGAAGGAACCAUCAUAGGCAGACUCAUCCUCCCCGGUGAAGAGGACAAUACAAGUGUUGUGUUUUCCCCUGCAGCUCCGGCCCAGCUGUAUGUGUCACAUGGAGACACAGUGAGUGUACUCGAUCCCAGGAACCUUAAGGGCCCGGUGGAGGAGUUUCAGGGUGCCGGGGAGGAGGAGAUCAAUGCUUUAGCACUGAAUGAGACGGGUUCAGCCCUGGCGCUGGCUGAUGACUCUGGGGCAGUGCGGGUACUGGAGCUUCCUGGGGGAAAAGUGUGUAGGACUCUUCGCAGGCACACUAACAUCUGCUCCUCUGUGGGCUUCAGGCCUCACAGACCCAACAACCUGGUGUCUGCUGGACUGGACAUGCAGGUGAUGCUGUGGGGUCUGCAGAAGACUCGCCCGCUUUGGACACUGAACCUCCAGGAUGUAGCAGAGGAGGAAGACAACCACCAGCAGCGUCCUGGUCAGCUUUUCAACCCGCCACUCGCUCACUGUGUCUCUGUGGCAAGUUGUGGAAACAUUUUAGGGUGUGCAGCAGAGGACGGGCGGGUGCAUUUGAUGAGGAUUGGCAGCGGCUCUAAACUGGAACAGCAGGGAUCAGUCAAAGCCCACAGUCAGGGAGCCUCACAAGCCCACUUUGUUAGUUUCCUUUCCCACCCAUACUGGCUCAUCACUGGGGGGAAUGACGGCCAAGUUGCACUGUGGGACCUCAGUAAGCACCCAGUGGUGGCUCCAGAGGGAAAAGCCAAAACUAGAGUGACAGCAGCCCAACGCAGGAAGGGUAAGAGCAAGACAAAGAGGAAAGAACCUUCCGAGGAUAAAGCAAAGACCCCACCGAAGGCUGAAGCAGAGAAAGAAGAAGCUGAAGUGGAGGAUGAAGCAGCAGCAGCAGCAGCAGCUGCAGAGGAUGCGACGGAGGAGACGUCUGGGCCCAAACUGACCAUCAGUCACGGGGACAAGGUGAACUGGCUGUGCCCUGCUGUGCUGAGAGGAGAACACUGCGUGGUAGUAGCAGAUCAGAGCUGCAGUCUGACUGUCUACCCUCUGUCUCACCUAUAGAGUCAUGCACUUUAGUACCAUGUUCUUUAAUCCCUUGUUUUGUUCAUAGUAGUACAUUAUUUUGGCUUGCUUUAUUUUUUAGUUUUAAUGUGUUUUUACAAUAUGAUCCUGUGUUUGUUGCAGUUAGGAACAGGCAGCAUCAUUUUUUUUAGAAAACAUCCUCAAGCUAAAAGUGGCUCCUACCUGGGUGAAUUAAGAGAAUAAGGGGUGUGUCAGUCUCAACUAUAAGACUCCUAAAUAUAGAGUCUAGACUAAAUUCACUUCUGACUCAAGAUUACGUGAGAUGAGAUUACAUUCCUAAUUCAGUUUCUACGUCUUGUCACUUCAGGUGAUGCUGUGGGGUCUGCAGAGGACACAACCCCCUCUGGGUGUCCUUUUAGUGCUAAGACCAACUCCUAAAUUUGUGAAAAGUAACAGUCAGCUGAUGCAAGUAAUGAGCGUUGUCAUAUCAGAGUUCUUGAAAAAUAGAAUAAUGAACCUUUAGAAGCAUAUUUUGAUGGAAGCAGAAUUACUGAGUAGCCAAUUAGCUUACCAACUAACUGAAGCAAUCCAGGAUAGUGACACAUGAUAUGGUUUGUACAACUCUCAACUUCUGUGGCAAUGGAGAUAUGUGAAAUGUCUCAGCUGUCAGAAUUAUUCUUCAAGCCAAAAAAAAGCACCUUCCAGACCCCAAUUUGUUCAACACUUCAUUAAGUGUACAUUAAAUAACCAUUAGCUGCAGCAAAUAAAUGAAUAAAGCUAAUGUCGUGGCCAUCGCUUUGAUACAGCCCAGAAAAUAUCUAAAAUAGCACAAAGUUUUUGGGCUAUUCAGGAAGACUCCUAGUGGUAAGAUAAGAUCUGUCUUUGUGAGUAUGGCCCCAUGACGGUCUAAAUGGUGCUUGGCUUCUUAUUGUGACGUUAGGCUUGUGCGCUUCUUUCUUAAAGUCUGAAAUGAGGCAAGAAUCCAAAUAUUACCAGCAUUCUUGCCAGGUCCGAACAGUGCAACACCAGUAUCAUAAGGUAGAUCUUUACAGCACCAGUCAAAUCUCACAAAAAUGUGAUUUGUUUGAGUUUUCACACAUUAUCAUCAAAGUAAAUGUGUAUUUGUUUUUUUGGGUCUCGUUUAAUGCUUCACUCAAUGGAUUUGGCCUACUGGGAGUUUAGUGUGUGUGUUUGUGUGGUCUUAUAACAAUGUCAUCCAUUGAAAUCUAUUUUGCUGUCCGACACUGGAUUCAAUAUAUUUUUGUUAACUUUAUGCUUGUUUGUGGUCUGUGAAACUAGCACAUUAGACAAAAGAAAUCUGCAUUUCAUGUCUGCUGUUUUUGGAAAGUAAAAAAACAAAACAAACCAAGUCUCAAUCCAAACCAGCUGCCAGACAGAAAACAAAGCAUAGAGUAAAUUGAAAGCAACUUCCAAAGACAUUUGAAAACAGUUUACAUACAGAUUACACAGUCGCAUUUCGUAAUUGCUUUGGGUCCUCUGGGGAAGUGGUGCACUUUUUAAAAUGAAUGUAAAGUAGCAUCUUGUGAACAGACACCCUGUUAAACCCUGUGUAAUUACGUUAAAGGGCAAUUGAGAUUUUCCUCUGUACGUGUUAAUGAUUAAAAUCACCUUUUGCCAAGGAA